CCUUUUCCUUUUCCUUUUUUGCUUCACAUUCCAACCAAAAGCUCCAAAUUUUUUUUAUUGUUUUUAAAAUUUUAAUUGAAUCUGACUGACUGGUAUCAAUGACCAUUUGAGAUUGAUGACAGUGAUGCACAACCUCCCAGUGGGCCCAUAAGAAUUGUGUCUCUGUCAUCCAACUGUUUGUGAAAUUGCCACACUCACUCAUACGGUCAUACCCCAUCGAUCAAAGAUCCGAAAUUUAAGCUCUUGACAUUGUUGCGGUGCUCAUUGUUGCUGUGGGAAGAUGAUUCAGUUGCUGUUUCUAGUGGUGUUCAUGGAGGCAGCGAUGAUAGUGGUGUUGCUGUUCAAGACCCCAUUGAGGAAGCUUGUGAUAAUGGGAUUGGAUCGGUUGAAGAGGGGUAGAGGACCACUCAUGGUUAAGAGUGUUGCAGGUACCAUCUUUGUGGUGCUCUUCUCCACUGUGUACACCAUGCUCCAGAUUCAGAAGCGUGGGAUCGAGGAUGCUGCUGGUGGUUCUCUCAACCCAACCGAUCAGGUUCUAAUGGCCAAGCACCUUCUUGAAUCGACACUAAUGGGUGCUGUACUUUUUCUUGCACUUAUGGUAGACAGAUUACACCAUUACAUAAGAGAACUCCGUCUUCGAAGGAAGGGCAUGGAAGCUGCCAAGAAACAAGCACGUGCAGAAGAAGCAAAAGUUUUGAAUUCAGAAGAAAACAAAGCCAUAGAAGAAGAAGCAGCCAGAUUGAGAAAAGAAGUCCACCAGCUUGAAUCUGAACUGCGGUCAAAAACUGAAGAUGUAGAUGUUGCAGAAGCCAAUGUAUCUGCUUUAAGAAAACAAUCUGAGGGCUUCCUGCUUGAGUAUGGCCGCUUACUGGAAGAAAACCAGGAACUCCGCAGUCAAUUACAAUCGGUCAAUGGAAGGUUGUCACGUUAAGGUACCAACAAGAGUAUGUCAGAAAAGAUUGCAGGUGUGUGGAUGAUUUAGUUUCCAGGAUUUCAUGGAAGUUUGCUGAUAACAGGUUUAUCACAUGAUCCAUAAGAAUUAGGAUUUUCACUUGAAGGUUGUGAUUUUGAUAUCAAUUUUCUGCUGACAAAAAAUGUGAAAAUUUUGAAAAGUGACUACAGAAAUAUAGUUCUGAUUCCCUGCACAUAUGUAACUUAUAUGUUUCACUACUUAAGAUUUGACAAACUUUGAAGGAUGUGGCCAAGAAAGUGCCUGGUGCUGUUUUAUGUUUAUUUCUGUUGGCAUUUAUUGUUGUUUGAUAUUAACAUUGGUCCUAUUCAGAUGACGCCUUGCUUGGCCGUAGAA